AAACAUUAACAAAGGAGUAUAAAUCUAUUCAUUCUGGUCUACAUGUUGCACUGUGUGGAGUAUUUCCAGGUAUUGUUGGACUUCAAUGCUGGAAAAAUGGUCCGAUUUAUUGUACUGGCAGGUCUAGGCAUUCUUUUUGUGCUGCCUAUAGUUGCAUCGACCAAAUUGGUUUGCUAUUUAACAAAUUGGUCACAGUAUAGACCAGGAAGUGGAAAAUUCACACCAGAUGAUGUGGACCCUUUCCUCUGCACCCAUGUCAUCUAUGCUCUUGCCACCAUUGGCAAUGACAACCAGAUUAAAACUAUUGAAUGGAAUGAUGAGACACUGUACAAGUCCUUGAAUCAGCAGAAGAAUCUAAAUCCUAAUUUGAAAACACUGCUGUCAGUUGGAGGCUGGGUGAAUGGAAUAAGUCCAUUCAUAAGCAUGGUCUCCAAGCCUGAGAACCGUCAUACCUUCAUUGAGUCAAGUGUCAAUUUCCUACGGACACAUGGCUUUGAUGGGCUUGAUCUGGACUGGCAAUUCCCAGGACAGGGGGGAAGCCCCCCUGAGGAUAAGCUGAAAUUCACAGCCUUGGUGAUGGAGCUCAAAAAUGCAUUUGACAAUGAGAGCAGAGAGAAUAAAUUGCCCAGGCUCCUGCUAUCCGCCAAAGUAGCAUCUAUAUCUUCCACCAUUGAACAUGGAUAUGAGAUAUCCAAUAUAUCAAGCCAGCUAGACUUCAUCAGUGUCAUGACUUAUGACUUUCAUGGACAUUGGGAAAAAGUCACUGGACACAACAGUCCUCUCUACCGCAGCACAGAUGAUCAAGGAAACUACAUUGACUAUAACAUUGACUCAGCUCUUACUUACUGGAUUGAACAUGGAGCUCCACCUGAGAAGCUCCUUAUGGGUUUCCCAACUUUUGGUCGGACCUUCCAUCUGACCUCUUCCAUGGCUUCCAUUGGUGCUCCAUCUAAUGGCCCAGCUUCUGCAGGACCCUACACCCGUGAUGCAGGUUUUUGGUCAUACUAUGAGGUGUGCUCGUUCCUGAAAGCUGCCAAAGUUCAUUGGAUUGAAGACCAGAAAGUACCCUAUGCUGUGCAAAGUGACUCCUGGGUGGGGUAUGAUAACCAGGAAAGCUUUUCAAAUAAGGUCCUGUGGUUAAGGGAACACAACCUUGGCGGGGCUUUUGUCUGGAGUCUGGACAUGGAUGACUUUCAUGGAGAAUUUUGUGCUGAAAUGCAGUAUCCUCUUGUCAACCACCUUCGUAACUCUCUAGGAUUUGCACCAAAGCCAACUACACCUCCUCGUCCCACAACCACCAGAGAUCCAAUUUCUUCAUUCUGCACUGGAAAGCUCGAUGGGUUGUAUCCUAAUCCUGCUGAUCAGACAACCUUUUUCCAGUGCUUCCUUGGGAACACCUACCUUCACCAAUGUCAGCCUGGCCUAGUCUAUGUGGAUGACUGCAAGUGCUGUAGUUUUCUCUGAGUGAGAGAUUACUUCCGUUUCAAUACGUAUCAGUUAUUGUCAGUAAAUAACCAAAAUAUAUUUUUAGCUUUGCUGAUUUAACACACUAGAACAUCUUUUUAAAGAAACGUCACAGUACAACUGUAAUAUCAUUAUUUUCUGCUAUGUACGAUGAUUACAGAAAAUAACAAGUAGUAGGUGCCAUUUGUGGUUCUAAUUCUAUAAGUAAAGUAAUAAAAAACAUUAAAAUAACAUGAAAA